AUGGAUUCCGAGUUACCUAAGAGAUUGUUUGAGGAAGGAGCCGAACCACUAGGUGAUAAGAUAAACAAGUGUGCGAGGAUAUCGAUAUUGAAGGUUCUGGCUAAUAAUAUCAAGUCAGAGUACGAUGAAGUGAAGAGAGACCCUUUGUUUGCCCAUAUCUUCGCCAUCUACGAAAACCGGCUUCAUUUCUCCGCAAAAUUGGUGCACAGUGUACUGACAAGGCAGCUUAUUACAGCCAAAAAGCAUGAGCUCUGGCUGUUAAAGACCCAUGGCCUGAUUAGUCUCGAGACGAUAAGGAAGAAGCACAUCUUUGAGGCCAACACCUGGACUCGUGUGGACAGGCUGCGAUUGGUCUAUGUCUGUGUUGCUGCACUUUUGAUGGCAGUGGAUGAGAAGAGUUGGGUGUCUCAUGAUUACAUCAAAGUCAUCAUGGACUUUGAUAAGCUACGGGCUUAUCCAUGGGGUCGCCGCAGCUUUGAUCAUCUAGUGGAUGCUAUCAUCAAAGCAAGAACCGAGUUGAGUAAGCCUAUCAGCUACGUACUGGAGGGAUUUGCAUAUGCUCUCCAGAUUUGGAUCAUGGAAGCUAUCCCGGAUUGUGGAACUAUGCUGGGAAAGAAGCUCAAUGCGGUUGGCCAUAUCUUUCCUAGAUGUUCGAAUUGGACCGGGGCUGCAAGGGCCAGUUUUGGCGACAUAAUUGAAUUGGAGAAUGCGCUUGUAAAUAAGGGUCAUCUAUACUCUUACAUCUCUUCAACAGGGAAUAUGGAUGUGAUCCUCGACCAGGAUUUUGUUAGGAAUGACGAGAUGAGAGACGAAAGAGUUGACCGGAUCCAUAAGCUCAUCAGCGAGAAUCACAACUGGAGCUCGCGUACUUGGGAAUUUGAAGAACCGGUGAACCCAACGCCUGCUGCGGUUCCUACAGCAGCGACGGAAUCUGAGGUUGUCCACAACGAGGGUGUUAAACCCGGAGAGGUCUUGGGUGAAGCAACUGGAUCUUCCGGAUCAAGGACAGGAAAGAGGAAGGUGGUUGACAAGGGCGCUGAGGCACGCAAGAAGAGACUCCUGUUUGAGCGGUCUGUUGCAAAUGCUGAAGAAGGGAGUGAGAGGUAUAUGCGUGGUCUCUUUGACGAAUACGAGAAGAGAAUGACAAAGCAGAGUGAUGAGAGGUAUGAGAAGCUAGCUACUGAGUUCUCGCAGCUGCAGAGUACAGUUUCAGAGCUUAAAAAUAUGCUCGCUGAUGCAUUAUCCCGCGGAAACAGUGGAGAGCCAUCUUCACGGACCAAACCUGUGUCUCCGGUCUCCUCUAAGCCAAAAGGAAAGGUAAACUCCACAAAGAACCCUAACAAUUGA